AUGGAUUCUAUACAACGAAAUUUGGAGGCAACUGAGAAUUUGCUAAAUGCUUUAGAAAGGGUAAGUUAUUUUUUCAAAAACAUAACAUCUUUAAUUCACGAUUUUUUAGGAUCCAAGUUUGCUGUCAGAUUGCGAUUUUAUUCAUAGAUUAUCAACUUUGCGUCAAAAACAUGAAGAGACUACAAACUAUUUAGCUUCAAAAGUAUUGACAGAUGAUUUUGCAACAAGUUCGCAUGUUGUGGAAGAACAAUUUUAUGAUGAAAGUCUGCCUCCAAGUAGAAAUUAUGAAAGAGGUCGAUUUUAUGAUGAAACAAGAAUACAAUCAAGUGGAAAACGUGAUUCGUGGCGUUUGGAAGAAGAAAGAUCUAGGGAUACACGAAUCAAGAAAACUAGAAAUGGUAGUAACCGCGAAAAUUUGCGAUAUGAAAAUAUUGAAAUAGAAUCAAAAACCAAGCCAUAUCUUCGGAAAGAACGAGCACAAUCUGCACCGAAACAUAAAAUUGCUAAUGUAGUUUAUAUAGAUAAUGUGAUUCGUCCGAAAAAAUCUGAUAUUUUUGUGCCAAAACCUACAGUACCUCAACCUUUCCAAUUGACAGUCAGAAAAUCAAUAGAAAAUACUUAUGCCAAAAAGUUUAUGCAGGAUAUGAUGGAGGAGAAGAAGAAGAAGGAAGAAGCCGAAACGAAAAAUUUGAAUGCUCAAAAAUUUAAAGCGAAACCUAUACCUCAAUCAACUUAUAAACCUGAAAAUAAUUAUUUGUUAGAUGAGAAAUAUAUUGCUUCGAUGAGACGAAAAGUGAUGACUGCAGCAAAGAAAAAAUUUGAAUUACAACAGCAAACUAUUCGAAGAUCGAAAAGCGAAGGAAAUUUAUCAGCAAAACCAGUUGGAUAUAUUCCACCAACUACGUAUAUUUCUCCGAUUCCAGUCAAACAAAAUGAAAGAAGUCGAAGUGCGGUUAGAAGAGCAACAAGAUUAAUUGAAGAAGCUGAAACACCGAAAGGAAUCAAAACUAGACAAGCUACUUCAAAUAUGGCAUUUCAUUUAAGACAUAGUAAAUGUAAAUUGGAAAAACCGACAGUUGAAAUGGUUGGAAGAUCAGAACCACCAGAUUUUCGAAAACUACAUGCAAAUAUCAAUAAAAGAUCUGGGGUUUCGCCGAAACCUUCAACAGUUCCACAGCCAUUUUCUUUUGAAUCAAGACCACAAACAUCAACAUUUCGACAUGCUAAUUGCAAUAAACAGCACAUUUCAAAAUAUCGAAGAUCUACAUCAAAUUUGAGUCGAUUUCCAGUUGCUUCAAAUGUUCCAACAACACAUGCAACUGUUCUUCGAGAUCAAACUAUUGCGUGAGUUAUUUAUUGGCAUUUUUUUAGACUAAUCGAAAAUAUUGAAUUUCAAAUUUUCAGAUCAAAAAUUAAAAAGUCAGAAAGUUUGUAUCAUAAUGAGAAAGCUUAUUGGAAAAAUGAUAAUCGAAAACGUAUUGAUAUGUUUCUGGCGAAUCGAAGUAAAACUGAUGAAGAUAUUGCUAUGAGAACCAAAAUCAAAAUGUGAGUUUUUUAAGUGAAUUUUUGAUUUUCAAUAAGUUCAUAUUUUCAGCCAACAGCAACAGGAAACAAGUCGAGAUUAUCUUCGUCAAUUAGAAGAAAUGAAACAACGAGUUUUGAAUGGUCCAUUGAUAAUGGAAAAACAAUCAGCUUUGUCUCAAGAACAUAGACUUCAGCGAAAAUAUGAACAAAGAAUGACGGAAAUGCGAAAAGAAACCAAGAAAAACAAUGUUAGAAGACCUUCAGAAAAUUCAUCUGGAACAUUUGUGAUAAAUCGAGAAGAUGAAGAAGAACCCGAACAAGAAUACAUUUCAGCAAGUUCAUCCUCAAAAAGUUCGUCAAGAAAAUCAUCGUCUUCAAAGAAUUCCAAAUCUAAUUCUAGUUCAUCUUCUACGUCAGAUUCUGAAUCAAGUUCUGGAUCUGAUUCAAGUUCAAAAUAG